CUAAACCGCCUUCAGCGCCAAGACAACGCGCGCCGCAUUCGAAAACUCCGUUAGCACCUAAAUAACCGUAAAUAGGUGGUGCGCCUACGGAAUUUCCUAGUUUGUCUGGUUGGCGGCGCGCAAUUUUGCCUGCGAAGCGCCAGUUGUUGUUUGGCAACACUUGAGCAAAGCAUUCAUUUCCGGCAGAUUUAUUUGUUUCCUGCGAACGUCGUAAGCGCAGCAUAAGCCCUUCAGCCAGCCAUUCGUUCCACACGAAAUUCGCAUCUCGCAUCGUCACACACGGUUUGAAUUGAGGGUUUCCGCUGCAUUUAAUGUGCAAUAAUCCUUUAGUGUGGAAGUGUCAUAGAUUCAAGUGUUGCAGCACCAGCUGCGUCCUAGUGUGCCGCAGUAGUCUCUAGACUCUGUGUGCACUUGUGUGUGUGUGAGCGCAGGUGGCAAUAUGACUACCAGUGAUGAAUUUUGCCGCGAUCAUUAUGAGCAUCCAUUAUUGUGGUGUGACGACAAGAAACGUUUGGUGGAGCGUAAAAACGCGGAGGAGAGUAUGCGUAUGUGGCGGCGUCGCAAGGCUGAGGAAGUGGCGCGCAAAGAGAAGGACAAAGCUGAGUACUACGAACUGUUUGUUAAGCAUUAUCCCUGGGGUCGUCCUGGUGGCGGCGCGCCUAAUUUGGAUAUCAGACGCAAGGACAUCACAGCUGUUGGCCUGCAUUCCACGCCUACUAUUAGCACCAUGCAUCGCCUGAACUGUUGGCAACCCUGUCGCUACAAUGACUACUUCUCGCAACGUAAAAAAUGCCAUGACCCCGCCACCUGCUAUCAUCAUCAUCUACAUCAUCACAUACCACCAUUGCCGCCUGCACCUCCACCGCCAGCACCGCACGUCACCACCCAUACACACACGGUGCAAACCACCAGCGAUGCUUGUCAUCCCGGAGCCGGCGGCGUGCUGACCGUUUGCGAGCGUAGCGUUGGCGAUGUUGGCGUUGGCGCAAAAUAUGUUGGUGGUGCCACCAAGAGCAAUGUGACCGGCAGCAGCAGCGUUGGUGGCAUUGGUGUUGGUCUGGGCGCCACAAAAAACGGUGAGACUUUGCAUAUAACGCUCAAAGAUCACCCAUCUAUGUCGUUUCGCAAUAAAGGACAUCUCGACAUUGAGGUACGCUACAAACCCGGUGCCGCCGCUGCGGGUGGUAAGGGUAAGCCAUUGCUAGAAAAGAUUGUGGUAUCGGAUAGCGAUAAGUGCCCGUUGGCGCAAGGUGUACAGACGCAGCCAUUGUUAAAGGGUUCGCCACGCAAGAAGAGGCUCGUCGCCAAGCUGGAAAAGCCGCUGAGUAAAGAUCCCUGGGGUAAGGCAGGACCUGGCGGCAAACCGUGGCGCAGUCCGAAAGCGGCGGGUAGCACUUUUAUGAAAUCGCUGGGUUGGACGAACAAGGAAAUGCUGAAAGAUCUCGAUCAGGAUAAUCCCGUUACGCCAGCUGAGAAGCCAACAUUCCGUAAAGUGCGCACCAACAAAAAGGUGCAACGUUGCUGUGAGCUCUGCAUUUGCACCUGCCCCGGCAUGGUUACCAAUAAGGGGUGUGGUGGUGGCGCCGUUGCCAUGCCAGCGUUGAAAAAACCACAUCAAAGCUCAUCUAACAAAGGCCAAAGCCAUGCUACUGCAAUAAAUCCACAAACUACAACAACAACUGCCGCUAUAAAACAAAAACACUGCCCACGCUUUGUACGCCAUUGUGAAGCGCCAACUUUGGGCACGAGCAACACGAACAAUACCGAGCCGACCAGUGCCAAUACGGGUGGUGAGGGGGUGGAAUUGGUGCCGUUGUUGGCACGUCGACGCGCCAAUGCACGCCCCGUUAGCCUUUCCAGCACGGAUGUGACCAAGCGCACCGCCUCCAAAGAUAGGUACGCAUGCAACAUGAUUAGUCGUAGCAAAUAUCUGCAACAUUUGCAACAACUACACUGCAACAAUAGCAAUAAUAUCAAUAUCAACAAUAUGAAUAACAGCAACAACAAUAAUAAUAAGACUAGCAGCAGCAUUAGCAAAUGCAAAAUCAAACGCAAUAUUGCCAACAAAAUUUGUAACCUUAGCAAUGCGCUCAGCCACAACAACAACAGCAAUGACAUUAAUAUCAUGAAUAGUAAUGAAAAUAGUAGCAGCGACACUUCAUGUUGCUUAAAGAAAUUCACUUUGCAUAUACGCUAAGCUUUUUAAUAACAUCGGAGUUAUGCUUGAGCUUUCGCUAAGAUUUUUAACGCUAUGAAGGCAAUGUUUAUGCUUUGGCUUAACGUGUUUUCGGGGUAUUAUCAUAGCCGUAAUAGGGACUAAAUUUUUGGGCGUAGUUGAAUUACGUAUGGAAUGGAAGUUAUCGAAAACGGCUUCCAUUCUUUUUUCGUAUAGAGUUCCAGGGUUAAAGCUAUAUAAGCUUAUAGUAAGCUUUUAUACUUUCAAUUAAAUAUUUAGUGAAAUAAUAAACUUUUAAAGUAUAUUUAUUAGUUA